CUUGCACUCUCCACUUCAUUUCUAACCAACACUUCAAUGCAAAAUGUUUUAUAUAUUAAUAUCUUUGUUAGUUUGUGUGCUCGUUAAGGGUGAGGAGAAUAUAACUGUGUUGACGAGUAAGGGGCCUAUAACGGGGUUUAAGCAGGAUGGCUACGAUACGUUUUUUGGAGUACCUUACGCUAGGGUUAAUGAGUAUAAUCCAUUUGGGAGCAAUCUAGCCUACCCAGACUUCGAAACACCAUUCAUCGCGAACGACAGCUCCAUCAUAUGUCCUCAAGUCAUCGCUAGAGUUGGCGGAAACAUCCAAUGCCUUCGCCUGAACAUAUACGUGCCACAUUCAGCCAACGAGAACAAUACAGUACCAGUACUGGUCUACUUCCACGGAGGUGGGUUCAUAUUUGGCAAUGGCGGUGACUUUGGCGGCCAACAUUUGGCCAAACACGACAUUAUUGUCAUCACAGUGAACUACAGACUUGGUCCCUACGGCUUCUUGUGUUUGAACGACGAAUCUGUCCCUGGCAACCAAGGUUUGAAAGACCAGAUAACUGCGUUGAGGUGGAUAAAGAGACAUAUAGACGCUUUUGGCGGAGACCCUUACAAAGUGACGAUUUCUGGCGAAAGCUAUGGAGGAGGUGCAGUUGAUUUGCAUCUAUAUUCAAAGUACGAGACACUAUUCGAUAAAGCUAUUAUACAAAGUGGGUCUAUAUUCACUCCUGGAUUUUUUGGUAAUAGAGAUCAUGAGGCAGCUAUAAAACUAGCGUUACACCUGGGAUAUAAAGUCGUGAAUACCCUAGACGCUUUACAUAUACUUGCCAAAGAGAAUCCUAUAGUCGUGAUGGCAGCUGCUAGAAACUUGAGCAUGAGACUGACAGCUUGUAAGGAAAUCCGUUUCAGAGGAAUGCAGAACUUCGUGACAAAAUGCCUGAACCACUUACACAAUCCGGAAAGAAUAGAAAACAUACCGAUCAUGAUUGGUUACAACAGCAAAGAAGAUUUUGGCUCAUACGCGAAUAAGCCUCAAGAGUUCUACGACACUUUAGGAGAUAUAUUCUACAGGAAUUUGCAGAACAAUUUUGUUUUAAAGACGUGUGAAUUGGAAACUUUGAGUAACAUAACAAGGACAUUUUAUUUAGGGAGCAAGAAUAUAGGACCCGAGUCUAUGUUGGAAUUGAGUGAUUAUUCCUCUGACUUCAAAUUGAAUUAUGCUGUGGAGAAAUCAGUUUCUAAGUAUAUAGAACAAGGUGGGAAGGUGUAUAAGUAUAUGUUCUCGUAUAUUGGGGGGAGUCACUAUAAGAACUUGACUGGGGCCGGAGCUACGCAUACAGAAGAACUGAAGUAUUUGUUUGAAACUCCCUUCAAGCUGACCUCGGACGAGCAGAGGAUGAUGAGGGAUAGGAUGACAACGAUGUGGGCUAACUUUGUUAAGCUUGGGAACCCCACGCCCCAAAAGACAGACCUGCUCCCAGUGACCUGGUUCCCAGUUAACGGCAAAUCCAGACCUUAUCUAGACAUAGAUGUGACAAUGUCUAUGAAGGAACAUGCCUACAGACACAGGAUAGCUUUCUGGGACCUGUUUAUGCUGAAGUAUGAUAAGAGGAGUUAGGAGAAGGAUUGGAAAGAGUGUAUUUUAGAAUUAGAAAAUAAAUAUAG